AUGCCACCGACACGCUACGACAUCGAUCAGGACAUUGACGACCUACACGACCUCACACCGCCACGGCCACCGCCACGCGGUGCACGGCCAUCCGUACCUCCCGCCGUCGCACUGCUACCAGACCUCGAUGCGCUCCCUUCCUCGAGCACCGACCGGACCAGCAAGCGCACAGGAGCGCCCUCCACGCCGCCGCCACCGCCCCUCGCACAGCUGACGACGCACUGGAUCAACCAACGCACCUCGCCCGAGCUGCUUCCCUACCCGACCGCAUGCAUAGCCACCCUCCUCUCCCAGAUGGACCAGCAGCAGUCGAUCCUCGACUCGCUCUCGUCCUUGCCCCCCUCUGACGACGCACAGGAGAUGGAGGACGAACACCUACGCCUCCAGUGCGUGCUCCUUGACCUCGAGCGCGCACGGUGGCUGUUGCGCAGCUACCUCCGCGCUAGGCUAGCCCUCAUCGAGAAGUAUGCCCCCUUCCUCGUUAGGGAACGGCAAAGAGGAGAGGGCAGAGGUAGGCUGAGCAACGUAGAGUGGGAGUUUUGCACCAGGUACAACGAUCUGCGUACCUCACACCUCCAACAUACGGUGCUCCAGUUCCUGCCAGAGCAGAUGCGCGGGAUGGACGACCAGGCCCUCAACUCGAGCGGCGCCGACAGCGGGAAGGGCGACAUGGUCGAGCAGCCAGACCUCGACUCGCCCGUCUUUGUGCGCUGCCGCGAAGAGUGCGGCAACCUGCUGCUGCCCGACGGCGAGACGGCCAACCUAUCCAAGGAUUCGGUCCAUUUCCUACGCUAUCGAUCGGUGCGCCAUCUCGUAGCCCAGAACCUCGUCCAGCUCAUAUAA